CAUCGAGCCAGUAGUGGAGAGUCGCAGCUAGACGGAGGAGCGCCGUAGUAACGCGCACACCGACAUGCACAAGUUCUCCCCCUAAAAACUUCAACCUUGUUGCUCCAGAUAUAAAAAAAAAAAAAAAAAAAAAAAAAACAAGUCAGGAGAAGGGAGUUUUUGACGUUUCUCCUCUUUUUUUUGAGACGCGGGAGAAUAAUUAUUUUUUGAGUUUUGGAGGCUCGACGGACCGACGGGCAGACAGAGCAAAGAGAGUCUCUAGCCAUGUCGUCCGCAGCGGUCGCUGCUGCUUCUUCUUCUUCUUCCAGGAGGCAGUCGUGUUAUUUGUGCGACCUGCCCCGCAUGCCCUGGGCCAUGAUCUGGGAUUUUACCGAGCCGGUGUGCCGGGGAUGCGUCAACUAUGAAGGCGCGGACCGCAUCGAGUUCGUGAUCGAGACGGCGCGGCAGUUGAAGCGCGCACACGGCUUCCAGGAGGGGCGCUCCCCGGGGCCGGGGAAGGUGCAGCUCCCCGGGGCUGCAGGAGGGGGAGAGCCGGGCGUGCAGCAGCAACGACCGCCGCCGCAGCCGUUGGACCGCUACCCGCUGUCCUCCGAGCGGCCGCCGCGGCUGGGCGGGCCGGAGUACCAGCCCUCCUCCGGCCGCGGGGUGGCCACCAACGGCGGCAUCAUGUCGGUGCUUCCCAACGGAUUUCCUAAACCCGACGAGCCGCCGGAGCUCAACCGGCAGAGCCCCAACCCGCGCCGGAGCAGCGCCGUGCCGCCCAACCUGGUGCCGCUGGUGGUGAACGGGGCCGGCAGCGGGGUGGCCGUUAACGGCAGGCCGGGGGGGAUGGGGCUCAGCCCCGCGGAGAUGGGGAAGAGACCGGCGUCCGGCUCCGGCUCCGGGGAGCAUGAGAGGGAGAGGGAGAGGGAGAGGGACGCCGGCAAGGACAAGCACAGAGGCGACAGCCUCACGCCGGAGAUGCUGGACGCACACAAGAGGCAGGAGGACUGGAGUGGGAAAAAUAAGACGGUUCGGGAGCUGAUGGUGCAGCACACCUUCGAUAGGUUUAAGAAGGACCAUGCGGCCGCCAUGCCGCCCCGCGUCAUGAGCUACGAGAACAGCGCCUCGGCCAGCAAGUCAGACAGAGGAAAACACCCCCGCAUGAAGAGAAAAGCCUCACCCGAGCCGGAGGGAGAGGGCCCGGCCGCCAAGCUCAACGGGGAGGGACAGCAGCAGUGGUUACCGCCGCCCCCCAACGACUCGCUGAAGAUGCCUCCGGUGCCCCCGCCGAGCUUCGCCUCCCCCCCCUCCACGAUAUCCCCCCACUCCCGCACCACCCCGCCCGAGGCGGCCAGUCAGAACGGCCAGUCCCCCAUGGCGGCGCUCAUCAUGGCGGCGGACAACGCGGGCGGGAACAGUUCCCCCAAGGACGGCAACCAGGUGCACUCCACCACCCGCAGGAACAGCAGCAGCCCCCUGUCCCCGUCCUCCAUAAACCAGAGGAGGCUCGCGCAGAGGGAGGCGUCGGGUGCGGGCACCCCCCACGUGCCGGGCAUGGACCAAGUGCACCCCCAGAGCAUUCCAGACUCCUCGGUACCCGGCAGCAUACCUCUGUGCUGCACGCUUUGUCACGAGCGUUUGGAGGACACGCACUUUGUUCAGUGCCCGUCUGUGCCCUCUCACAAGUUCUGCUUCCCGUGCUCGAGGGAAAGCAUAAAGCAGCAGGGCGCCACGGGUGAAGUGUACUGUCCGAGCGGAGAGAAAUGUCCCCUGGUUGGCUCGAACGUACCCUGGGCUUUCAUGCAGGGAGAAAUCGCCACCAUCCUUGCGGGAGAUGUCAAAGUAAAAAAGGAGAGGGACCCUUGAUUUUGUCUGAACACUUCUUUGGGGAGGGGGAGACAAAAAAAAAAACAACAACAAAAAAAAUGAGUAUAAAUAUAUAAAUAUCACAUACAUAACAUUCAAACAAACUAACAGACUUGUAAAUAUUGGACCCAAGGGAAGAGUAUACUUCGUAAACAUGGUUGUAUAAUUUUUGAUUUUUGAAUACAUUGUGUUUCUAUAUUUUUGAAGAUAAAGGUAUGUACUCAUCAUAAUGAACUACGUUCCUCUUUGUUGAUGUUUAACAAAAUUCUUGAUGUACUUCUAGGUCUGGUGGCAGUUCCUGUUUAACGUAGAAUGUGACUAAUGCUACUCUACGAGCACUUGGCAAAACUAAAAUGCUUUUAGCUGUACUUGUAUGCACUUGUUUAAAAAUUGCCAAAUACAAUUUCUGAUCUUGUAUGAA